AUAAGUAAAGUAGUAACUAUUGGCAUCCUGGAUUUAACACAACAUAAUUAUUUGGUGCAGAUAUUUUGCAUUUUGCUUGCUGUUUUGGCAAUGCCAUUUGGGCGCCAUCCCCAUCCUAUCAACCUGUUUUGGAUAAAUAAAAAAACAUUUUGAUAUUAUGAUGUACCAUUGUUUCGUUAGACAUGUGAAAAUAGCAAGGACGCUAUAUCAUUGCAUUCAGUGGGAGUAGUUGCUUUCUUAUAUUUGAUUUUGAUUAAAUUGAUUAUUAAAUGAUACUGUUCAAUUGAUAGGAACUAGAGAGGAACAAUGUUGAUGCUGCUAAGUUUGCUCCUUUUUGGAAUGAAGACUACAUUAAUAGUUUGGAAAUGGAGUUGCUUUUAAUGACUAAAAAAUCAGGGAUAAUAGACAAUAUUCCCUUGGUUCAUUGGCCUCUGUUCCUUCUAGCAAGCAAGAUAUUUCUUGCUAAAGAUACUGCUAUUGACGGUAAAGAGCCCAGACUUUCGCAAGAGGAGGUAUGGGACAGGAUUUUAAGGGACGAAUACAUGAAAUAUGCUGUUCAAGAGUGUUAUUAUACCCUCAAGUUAGUUCUCACAUCUGUGUUGGAUACUGAGGGUAAGAAGUGGGUUGAGAGAGUAUAUGACGAGAUUCAGAGAAGCAUAGCUAAUAGGAGCAUACUUGUUGAUAUUGAAUUGAAUAAGCUACCACUAAGGAUUCAGAAAGUUACUGCACUGUUGGGAAUACUGGAAGCUAGACACAAUGAUAAUGGGCGGGCACCUCAUUCAGCUUGGAGAAAUUAUGAUGAUUUCAACGAGUACUUUUGGUCACUUAAUUGCUUUGAACUUAGUUGGCCAUGGAGAAUAACUUCACCCUUCUUUCUGAAGCCGACACCAAGAUCAAAGAUGAAUGUUGUUACAUGUGUUGUGGCUACGACCUAUGGUCAUGUGUAUAUCGAGUGCCCAAUGGGGGAACCUAUUCCAUUUUAAGAGUACCUGAAGUAGACCCACAAUCAAGGAGAGGCAUAGUGCUAAGGUGGAUGAUUAACUGAGGCUUUUCGGUGUUUUCUACAACAAUGUAUGCCAGUAAGUUUGCUCUUCCCUCUAGAGUGAUUGUGAUACUUAUAUUCAUGUGAUCAUGUCUUAAGGGACAUAAAAUAGGCACCAUGGA